AUGAGUCAAUUUGCGCACGGAGACUGGCCCCCAGUGCAUGGCAUUAUCAAACAGCGCUAUUCCGACUUUUUGGUCCACGAAAUUGGGGUCGAUGGCCAGGUAGUCCAGAUAACGUCGCUUACCCCGCCUGAGCCGCCCAAGAAGGCUGAAGAGAAGCCGGCGGAGAAGGAGGGGGAGCAUGACUGGAGCCAGCUGCAGCCAUGGUUCGCCGAUCAUCUCGAAGCCCUCCAGGCCAUGGCCGCGGGCCAGCACCAAGAGCCACUCACCAGCACGCCGCUGCCUGAUAAGGCAGACCGUACGCGUGUCCACCAGCUUAUCCGCACGCUCGGCCAGGGUGCUCUUGCGUCUGAGGCCGCGGAUAUCGACGGCGUCGCGGCAAUCCGCGUCAAGCCCAUGCCGGCCGCUGGGCGGGGGCGCAGCCAGCACGAUCCCACCUCGGAAGCCCACAGCGCGCCGCCGUACAUCCACUUUACCUUACAAAAGACGAACCGCGAUAGCCAGGAAGCACUCCAGUGGCUGGCACGUUUCCUGCACCUGGAUCGGCACCGCGGUGCGAACCAGUUGAGCGUCGCGGGAACGAAGGAUAAGCGCGCAGUGACGGUCCAGCGUGUCGCCUUGCAGCGUGGCAAAAAGACGCUCGAGGAGGUGUGGCGCAUGGUGAACCACAUCGGCCAACCCGUGUCGAGUACGCCCGGCACCAAGGCGCGUCGUACGGUCGAGAUGGCGAUCACGACGCGCGCCGAGCGUGGCCUGCGUAUUGCGCACCUUGGCUACGAGAAGUAUGCAUUCCAGCUCGGUAUGCUUUCCGGCAAUCAAUUUACCAUUACGCUGCGGAACAUUGCCUGGGCGGGCUCUGUGCCGGAUGCAUCGCGCGCGGCGCUCUGUGUCGCACUCGAGGAGCGUGUAAAGGCGAUCCAGGCCGGAGGAUUUAUCAACUACUUUGGUAUGCAGCGUUUUGGCACUGGUGCUGUGUCGACGCAUGCCAUCGGCAUUGCCGUGUUGCGUGGCGACUUUUCCGAAGCGCUUCGGUUGAUUCUCGCUCCGAACGACCGCGACUCGUUGGACGACCGUGACGAGAGCACUGCGCCGCCACAUGUCAUUGCGACGCGCGCCGCAAAGAAGGCGUACGUCGCGGGCGACUACGAAGAAGCCUACCGCCUCUUCCCCAAGACCUGUGUCGCAGAGCGCGCUGUGCUCGACAAGAUGCGUAAGCAGUACUGGCACGAGAGUGAUGCACUCGGCGCGUUCCAGAAUAUACCCCGUUCGCUGCGUCUGAUGUACGUGCACGCCUACCAAUCCUAUCUUUGGAAUGCGCUCGUGUCGGAGCGGGUGCGCCGCUUUGGUGCGCUGCAGGCCGUGCCCGGCGACCUGGCCACGAAAGAAACCUCGCUGGAUGCCAAUACCAAGUGCACGACGCUCGGUGAGGAUGCCGCAUCGCACAAUAUCGAGGAUGUGGUGAUGCCGAUGCCCGGCAGCGAUGUGCACCUCCCCGAGUCCGGCUGGUUGGCAGAGAUGUACAAAGAGAUGCUUGCCAAGGACGGCCUCACGCCGCUGUCGCUCGCCACGGCCCGGCAGCCCGAGUACCGCCUCAAAGGAUCGUACCGGCUGUGA